UAAAGUCCAGGGUGUGCACGCAAAGACAGACGUACUGAUAAAUUCAUUAACAACAACACGCCAUUGAAGCUCUAAUUAGAGUUUCUAUCCCCAAACCCUUUUCAUCUCUAUUCCCUAUUUUUCGUUCUUUUAGCCCCAAAUUGAAUUUUUCAGAGUUAAAUUUUAUUGUUUCCUACUAAUAUAUGCAUGUAUAUGCCCUAAUUUGGUGUUUUAGGUUUACAAAUGGAGGGCAGAAAUUUUGAUUCUAAGAAUCAAGUGCAAGUUGUAGAAGAUUUAUCUGCUAGGGUUUCUCGCUUCUCCCUUGAUAAUCAUGUUUCCAAUUCCUAUUCUCCUCCGGAUGAUGCAGUGGAUGGUAGUCUAAGGAAUCAUGUUACCGAAGAGAAUUGUGAUUCUUUGUCUAAUGUUAGCGCUGAAGAACCUAGUAUGAAUUUACCUAGCUUGUAUCCUGAAUUACCUGAAGAAUCAUUGGAUAGGAAUAAAGAGGACAUGGAGUCUUUAGCUGAUCUUCAGAAUCAGAGACAGUACUUCUACUAUGAUGCUCCACUGUAUGAAGAUACUGGAGUUUGGAUACCGGUUUCAGUUCCACCUAUGUCGGAAGAUGAUCAUAAAGAGUGGGCCAAAGGUUUUCAAUCGAAUGGAGGCUUUUUUCCUGACGAUGACAUGGGAUGGAAUCAAUAUGUUGGAGGAGAAAAGGAUUUGACUAUGUGGGAAGUGUUAGUAGAAAUGUUACUUGUAGCUAGGGGAAAAGUGUCUUCUUUGGCUUCGGGAGAUAUUCAUACAUAUAGCUUUUCAUGGAUAUCCAGUCAUGUACUUGAACAAGCUUGGAGAGAGAUGGCACAAACUCUUACAGAGGCUAACUUUGGUAAUGUGAAGGAAUUAAUAGAAGCAGAACCUCCAAAGUGGUUGGCAGAUAGUGCUGCUGCUUCUUGUAUGCUUUGUGGUGUGAGGUUUCAUCCCAUCAUGUGCUCCAGGCAUCACUGCCGGUUUUGUGGAGGGAUAUUUUGUGGUGAAUGUUCCAAAGGACGGAGCUUGAUGCCAUCAAAAUUCCGAGUUUCAGAUCCCCAAAGAGUCUGCGAUGUAUGCUGUGUCCGACUUGAGUCUGUACAGCCUUAUUUGAUGGAUCAUGUAAGUAAUGCUGCUCAGUUACCAACCCAUGACCUGACAGAUCUCAGUACUUUGAGAUCAUGGGUUAAUUUUCCUUGGGGGCAGACCAUGGAAUAUGAAAUUUACAAGGCGACUAAUACUAUCAAGUCUUAUAAUCAGAUUGGUUUAUUAAAGCCCGAGAAGACAAUUCCAGAUUUCAUUCUUAGGCAAGCAAAAGGCCUUGCAAUUAUCACUGUGGUCAAAGUAGGAGUGGUGGUUACUUAUAAUAUUGGAACAGGAAUUGUGAUUGCGCGCAGGGAAGAUGGUUCGUGGUCUCCACCAUCUGCUGUGUCGACGUUCGGUGUGGGGUGGGGGGCUCAGGCUGGAGGGGAGUUAACGGACUUCAUUAUUGUUCUGAGAACAAAUAACGCUGUCAAGACAUUUAGCGGUAAUGCACAUCUUUCACUUGGAGCUGGUUUGAGUGCUGCAGUUGGUGUUGUUGGAAGGGCAGUUGAAGCUGAUGUUCGAGCUGGUGAUGGUGGCUAUGCUGCUUGUUAUACAUACAGCUGCAGUAAAGGUGCAUUUGUUGGUUGUUCACUUGAAGGAAGUUUUGUCACCACUCGUACACAAGAAAAUUGUCGUUUUUAUGGCAGCCAGUCUUUAACUGCAACAGAUAUACUUCUUGGCUCCUUGCCUAGGCCACCUGCUGCCGCCAUUCUUUACCGCGCUCUUGCAGAUUUGUAUUUGAAGAUUGAUGGUUAAUUGAAUUAAUUGUAUCACAUUUUCAUAUUCCUUUCACAUUUUGGAAAUCAGUAUAAAGGAAAAGAACCAUUGGAUCAUGAAUAAUUUGUACAGCUUCUAAGUUACAUUCAGAUUGUAAAGUUUCCUCGUAUCAUUAUUUGUCAUGUAAAUAAGUACAUGAAAAUGUAGAUAUAUCAAAUACUCCAUUUUGACCAUGAAAAUGUAGAUAUCAUAUUCCUUUC